GCUUCAAUAGUGUUGUAUUGAUGACAGCGAAGAGAUGAUGAAAUUGUUGAUAGACUUCGGCGCUAAUGUAAAUGCAAAGGAUAGCGAACAGUGGACACCAUUGCACGCAGCGGCCACUUGUGGUCAUUUGCAUCUAGUUAAAUAUCUAAUUAACAAAGGGGCUGAUUUACUGGCAGUCAAUGCGGACGGGAAUAUGCCUUACGAUAUAUGUGAGGACGAGCUCACACUCGACUACAUUGAGUCAGAAAUGGCCAAAAGGGGUAUAACGCAGGAAAUGAUAGACAAAACCCGAGCCACAAAUGAAAUGCAAAUGUUAGACGAUCUCCAGAAGUUGGUCGCCGCCGGAACUGACCUCGAGUCCAGGGACGGUCAGGGCGCCACACCUUUGCACAUCGCUUCAGCCAAUGGUUACACAACUGUUGUGGAAUUCCUAUUAGACAAUCACGUGUCCACAGAUGAGUGUGAUCUCGACCAGUGGCAGGCAAUACACGCGGCCGCCUGUUGGGGACACCUCGAUGUUCUCGAAUUGUUAGUCCAAAACGGAGCCGAUGUUAACGCAAAGACAAAGAAUGGCGAAACGCCUUAUGAUAUAUGCGAAGAUCCGGAACUAAAAGAACGGAUCAUUCAAUUAAAGAAUGAAUUGGAGACGAAGAAGGCUACGCAUCCAAACCGACUGAAGAGGUCUCUGAGUCAGAACACAAGGAGUCAAUCGGUCCGCAGAACCAGUAUUAGAGAGAAGUCCCAAAUCGCCAAAAGGGAGGCCCGAGAAGAGGCCCGCAUUCGACACCAAAAAGAGAGCGAAGUCGACGACGACGACACUCCACAGACAUCAGAUGCCAAAGACGACGACACCACUGAUUCAUCGCCGGCGCCGCCGACAGAUGCGAUGCCAUCGCAUGUCAACGGUUACGACUCCGGAAAUGCCAUCGAUUUAAAUAACAUAGAUUUUCGCAUCGAUUCCCGCAAAAAGUCUCUCGACUCUGAUUCGGAUGUCUCGACGCAAAACACUUCAAAUCAAAUCCAAACCCAAAGUAAUUCCAAUAACAAGGAAGCGAUUGUCAUAAGAAAUACUGGUUAUACGGAUCGCGACAACAAACAAGAGCCAAAUGCCAACAACUCUACUGAGAAUCAGUCAAAUUCUGGAGCGCACAGGGGGUCGACCUCCGAGUCCGUCAAAGUGGAGAUUCACGUGACGGUCAACACAACGCCGACAUUCAAUUCGGGCACUUUGGCUGACCUCAAGAAACACAGGGCGGAGAAACAUCGCAACAGUUUAUCGCAUUCUUCGUCAUCGGAUUCAACGGUGAAUCCUGUAGUGAAUCGUAAUUCCAUAACAAAUGUGCCGACGAAUACAUUCAACACCAGUUCCCAUUCAAUUAGUGCUAAAUAUCCGUACGAAAGCCCGCCCUCGCCCUCCGCAGGCAUUAAGAAAUAUAAAGGAAAUCCAAGUGAUAUCGUCGGCGACUCCCGAAAGAAAGGCUGUUUUGGUUGUCAUAUAAUGUAA